ACUGCGUACAUCGUACAGUAGAUGACCAGAGACUGCGGACACAGUACAGGAGAUGACCAGAGACUGCGGACACAGUACAGGAGAUGACCAGAGACUGCGGACACAGUACAGGAGAUGACCAGAGACUGCGGACACAGUACAGGAGAUGACCAGAGACUGCGAACACCGUACAGGAGAUGACCAGAGACUGUGGCCAUAGUACAGGAGAUGACCAGAGACUGCGGACACAGUACAGGGAUGACCAGAAACUGCGGACACAGUACAGGGAUGACCAGAGACUGCGGACACAGUACAGGGAUGACCAGAGACUGCGGACACAGUACAGGGAUGACCAGAGACUGCGGACA